AGCAAGAACAGAAACUUAUCCGAACAGCUUGUGACUGCGUCCUAUAAAAAGGGUGUCAGCUCUCAGAGUAACAAUGUCUAUACACACAUUCACCAUGGUGGCAUCAAACCAAGUUGGUCUUGCAAGAAUGUUAAUGCAGUUGUGUUUCAAGAACGUCCAAAGCUUCGUUUCAGCCCUGUUGAGAUGGAUUUUGAUGAGGGUAUCAGGCGUACUGGUGCAACCAGCAACUCUUGGACGGAUGAGUCGUCCGAAGACUCGCACCAAAGAGCAGAAGGAGGGACCCAGCGCGCAGCUGACCACUCCAAGCAGUGUAAACUACCAUUUUACCCGGCAGUGCAAUUAUAAAUGUGGAUUUUGCUUCCACACUGCGAAGACCUCAUUCGUCUUGCCUAUUGAAGAGGCAAAGCGAGGCUUACGACUUCUGAAAGACGCAGGAAUGGAAAAAGUCAACUUUUCGGGUGGAGAGCCCUUUAUUCACGAGAGAGGCAAUUUUCUGGGAGAGUUGGUGCGGUACUGCAAACAGGAGCUGCAGCUGCCGAGCGUCAGUAUCGUUAGUAAUGGCAGUCUGAUCAAAGAAUCCUGGUUUCAGAAAUACGGUGACUACUUGGACAUUCUUGCAGUAUCUUGUGACAGUUUUAACGAAGACACCAAUAAAGUCAUAGGUCGAGGUCAGGGCAAGAAGAGCCAUUUGGACAGUCUACAUAAAAUUCACAACUGGUGCCGAGACUAUAGGGUGGCUUUCAAAAUCAACUCGGUUAUCAACACCUACAAUGUGGAUGAAGAUAUGACCGAGCAGAUCACUGCUCUGAACCCAGUGCGCUGGAAGGUCUUCCAGUGUCUGAUAAUUGAAGGUGAAAAUGCAGGGGAGAACUGCCUCCGUGAGGCAGAGAAAUUUGUCAUUAGUGAUCAGCAAUUCCAAGACUUCCUGGACCGCCACCAGAGCGUCGAGUGUCUGGUUCCAGAGUCUAAUCAAAAGAUGAGAGACUCUUACCUGAUUCUUGAUGAAUAUAUGCGCUUCUUGGAUUGCCGAGAGGGGAGGAAAGAUCCGUCAAAGUCCAUUCUGGAUGUCGGUGUGGAAGAGGCUAUCAAGUUCAGUGGUUUUGAUGAGAAAAUGUUCCUCAAGAGAGGGGGGAAAUAUGUGUGGAGCAAGGAGGAUAUGAAACUGGAGUGGUGACCUUUCUCAACAUUGCUGUUUUUACUCUAUGUUUACAUUGAAAUUUGAUUUAAUUUAUACAUUUUUAACAAUAAAUAAUUGUAAAAUAUAGUUACAGCUCCAUAUAUAAGGUGGUUGGAUACAUUGUGUCAACAUUUUUUUAAAGAGAUUCUGCACUGAAAUACUUAUAUUAUAGAUUUAUUGAUAUGUGCCUCAUUUUUAUGUUAUGCAUGCUUGAGUGUUUGCAUUACCCAAAGUAUAUUUUUAAUUCUUACUGUGCUGUGGUUUUCUUUACCUUGAAUUUAUUUAGUAACUGUUUUUAUGUAAACCUAUAGGAAAAUUGUUGAUGAAUUAUCAUCUCAUGGUUUAAUUAUGUGCACUUUGAAAGCAUGAAGACACUUUGAAUUACAACAAUUAAGACUUAAUGCACCUUAGAUGCUUUAUUUGUCAUACAGUAGAAAUGGCAAUUUACUUGAGGCACAGUUUGAGGCGCCUCAGAUCACAACAUUGGAAUCUAAUUUGUAAUUCUAAUUCUUGCAAGAACUAAAAAGACUGUCAGCGAUUCCUCCUGUUAUUCCUCCAUUAAAUUGGAAAAGCUUUGAGGUACUUGUAAUAUAUAGUGAAGUUCACUGAGGCACCCUGAAAAGAAAAUAUACAGAAAAUCUAUUUUUUAUUUUAUUUUAUUUUGUAAAUAAACAUUUUUGACAACA